AGAGGGAUGGGGAAAGAGAGAGAGGAUAAAGGGUCCCUGGGGUAAUCUAUUCUGACCCGCUUCCGCCUCUGCCAUUCUACGAUUAUAUUCCUGGUAUAGGGUGAUAUAUAAAUGAUAAUGAUAAUGAUGAACCACCCUGUACCCGAAGAAGGAAGGAAGGAAGAGGGCUCUCUUCUGCAUUGUAGGGGCUCCCUUCUGGCUCCCCCAUUCUAGAUCCCUGCAUUGCAGGGGGGUCUGCCUGGAUGUCAUUUCGGGCUCCCUUCUAACUCCCCCAUUCAAGGAUCCUGCGCUCCGUUUCCCGCCUCGCAAGGGGGUCAGUCUGGAUGACUUUUAGGGCGCCCCUUCCCUCUUCGCUUCCCCCCUCCCUUCCCGUCUGCUGCAGUGACGACGAGCUCCGCGAGUGCGCCGGCGCGGCCGGAGCUGCCCCCCCCUCGUCUUCCCGCCCCGGUUUCGGGGGACCGCAGAGAGUCCCGCGAAUGCGCGGCGAAUGGAACAGUCGGCUGGGAAGGGACCCGAGGAUCAUCCAGUCUGACCCGCUGCUCGUAGCACGUGUGAAAAGGACCUCGGGGUUUAGGGGAACCACUAGUGUCACCUCACUGGAUUCCAGGCUUCUCUCUUGAGAUCCCUGCCGCCGUGAAUGGUCCAGGAAUCUCCAACCAACCACCCGACAUCCGAGGAAGGAGAGGAAGGAACAGGGCAGCAGCCAAUUCCUUUCAUAUUCCAAUCACAGCAGCUGCGGAAUUCUUCCCUCCCUCCCUCUCUUUCUGGCAGGAGAAAAGGAGGAGGCAUGGCUGGAGGGCAUCUAUCCCACCCACAAAAGGUUCAACCUUGCUGGCAUCCCAGACUCUGUGCAUUAGGCUAGAGACUGAGGAAAGGAUUCUUCCCUCCCUGCGUCCUGGAAUCCUGUCUUCUCCUGCCGCUGGAGAUGUGAUGCCAGAGGAAAGCUGGGAUGCUAUGGAAUACGGACUGCUGCCUUCCAAGGCCUUCCAACAGGUCACGAUCCAGCGCCACCCGGACGGAGGGUUCGGGUUUGUGGCCGGUGGUGAGAGGCCUGUGGUAGUGCAUACUGUGGUGGCAGGUGGACCCUCGGAGGACAAACUCUUUCCUGGGGACCAGAUCUGGGCCAUCGGUGACAAAGAUGUGAGUGAUGUCGCCCGUGAGAGAUUCAUCAAAAUUGUGAGAAGUGCCAGGGAGUCCACCAUCUUCACCGUGCUGAAAACCCAUCAGUCGCCCAAGUCUGCCUUCAUCAGCGCCGCAAAGAAGGCCAAGCUGAGGUCCAACCCUGCCAAGGUGCGCUUCUCGGAGCCGGAGCCGCCUCUGCUUUUCCACUCGCAGGAGAUGCUGAAGAAGGAAGCCCUCCUCCUCAUCCCCAACGUCCUGAAGGUUUUCCUCGAAAACGGGCAGGUCAAGUCCUUCACCUUUGACAGCCGCACCACUGUCAAGGAAGUGAUAACGACCCUCCAGGAUCGCCUUUCCCUCAGGCUGAUUGAGCAUUUUUCCCUCGUCUUGGAAUACCGCAGCCCCCAGCGGAGCAACCAGUUUCUCCUCCUCCAGGAGAAGCAGCCUUUGACCCACGUCGUUCAACGGACCCACUACCAAGGCAUGCGAUGCCUUUUUCGGGUCAGCUUCUAUCCCAAAGACCCCGUUGAGCUGCUGCAGCGAGACGCCGCUGCCUUCGAAUACCUCUACAUCCAGAGCCGCAACGACAUCAUCCGGGAGCGGUUUGGCACCCACCCCGAUCCGGAUUUGCUUCUGGUCCUGACAGCUCUACACAUCUACAUCACCGUCUCAGCUGCCCGUCCCUGCCACAAGGUGGCACUCAGAAACAUCGAGAAGGAGUGGGGUCUGGAGCCCUUCUUGCCUCCCUCUCUGUUGCCGGCAACCAAGGACAAGCUCCUGCGCCGGUCGCUCUCACAUCAGCUGAAGUCACACCAGCGGCGCAGCAGCCAGGUCUCCCCCACCCGGGCCAAGCUCAAGUACCUGCGCCUCCUCGACCGGCUACCCAACUUCUCCGGCGUCAUCUUCCAGACCGUCGGGAUGGACGGCCAAGACGCGGCGCCCACCAUUCUGGUGGGCCCCCGCCACGGCGUGAGCCACGUCAUUGACCUCCACACCAACUUGACCACCGUCCUGUGCGAAUUCAGCCAGAUCAGCAGAGUCCAACUCUUCCGGGAGAACCUGGGCGUGGCAAGGGUGGAGACUGGCAUCGUGGACGCCAAGCCACUGGUGCUUCUGAUGGAGUGGCCGGAAGCCACCAAUUUUGCUGGCCUCAUUUCCGGAUACUGCCACCUACUGGCCAACUCCAGGAAGACGCUCUUCCUGGUCGCACCGCCUCCCAUGACCAAGGCAGGCAGAGAGAAGGAGUCUGGGAACCGUAGUGCUGGCAGCAACCGCACCGCUGCGCCGGCAGAACUGCCGCGCCGCCACCACCCCGACCUCAACCAGAACCGUAUCUUUGGCUAUGAGGAAACCCAGCCCAGGACCAAAUCGGACCCUGUGCUGAAACUCCCGGGCGCCAAGGGUGAGGACUGCGGUGCCCAGCGCACCCGAACCCGCUCAGUGGACGGUCCUGGAGGGAGCCUCGGCUGUGCUGGCCUGGACCUGACGGUGCUGCCACUGCCGGGUAGCGAGGGCGACGAGGACGACCCCGGCGCUGCCCCAGCCAUCGCGGCACCGCCACCUGGCUUCGGCGACAACAGCUCUGACGAGGACGACGCCCGGUGCUGGUGGGCGGCACCAAGUGAGGAUGGUGGGCGCCAGCUCCCGGUGACCUUCGUCCAGGCAGCCUCACCAGGGUCCCGAACGGUCCGGGAACGAGCCCAGGAUCUCGACGAGGCGCUGGUGUCCACCCUGCAGGCCCUGGAAGCCCUGGCAGAGGCGGAGAACAGGUUGCUGGCGCCGGCGACAGAUCUCAUCGUCCUGGCCACCCUUGACCCCGACUGCAGCCAUGAUGCCGCCGCUUCCCCGAACACCACCUACUUCCUGGCGCAGGGGGUCAACCGGGACGGCUUCCUGGCCCAGAAGGAGCUAGCUUUCUGCUUGCGAGGCUGCGGGGCGCCCACUUCACCAGCGAAGACCGGGAGGUCCUCGCCAGUGCAGUUCGCCGAGGCCGAACCAAGUCCCAGCGCCCAGGCUUGCCCCUCAAACCCCAAACCCGAGCAUCCCCAGAAGGAGACAGAGAGCUGCCAGCCGGCGGCAGAGAGGAUUCGGAGAUAUGCUAUGGUUCCCCCGCCCUGGGAAGCGCCUGAUCUCGAACUCGAGGUGCUGCAAGGAGAGGACCCAGAUGUCCCGGCGCACCCGCAGGUACCCCGGCCGGCGUUCCGCUUCCGUAAGUUCUUCUCCGCGACGUUCCUGGCGCGGCUCAAACAGGAGACGGACGAGCGCCGGGCGCAGCUCCGCAAAGUAAAGCAGUUCGAGCUGGAGUUUCUGGAGCAGCUCCUGAAGGGUCCGGCGCUGGAGGGCUUUGUCUGCCCAGCAGGUGCUGGCCCUGUGCCGACAGCACCCAGUGUGUCGCAGUGCAACUGUCGAGGGAGGGAGAGUUGCCCACAGCAGGUGGCGCAAGUCCAGAGUAGCCCGGAGCCGAGAGACACGGAAAAGAGCGCCUCCUGUCUGGGCACCGAGUGUGUGGCGGUGGCAGCGGCCUGCUACGAGAAGCUGUGGCGCCACACCGGUGGGGAAGGGGCCAUUCCAGAAGAGGGCAAUCCGGCGCUGGAUAAGCACCUGACGCCGUGUUUCCCGGAGGAAGUGUGCCCACGGCAACUGGCGCCGGGUGGAGAGGGCUGCUGCUUGGUUCCCUCCUGCUUCUCGGCGCAGGCAGUCAACGAGGCUGACGAGCUGUGCUACUCAGUGCUGCCAAUCCCAGGCGCCGUGUCCCAGACACAGGAGAUCAACUUGCGGGUGGCGUCAAGCCUUGAGCGCAUCAAGGAGCUGCGCGACCGGGAGUAUGCCUUCCCCGGUGGGUUCUCGGCGGUGAGGCUCGACGCCGAGCAGCUGCUGAGCGCCCUGCAGCAGUGUGCGGCGGCGGUGGCAGGGGGAAACGGGGUGCUGGCGCCGGAUGAGGGGCGGCAGGAGCUGGCGCUGGCCUUCAGAGAGCUGAGGGCUGCCUGCCAGCAGGUGGCGAGCACUGAGAAGAGCCCGGCGCAGCUGCUGCCAGCUGUCGCCAGGAGCUUCCGGGUGCUGGUGCGGUUGGUGGAGACGGUGGCGGGGGCGGCAGGCAAAGAGGUGUGGCGGCGGGUGCUGCUGGCCCAGGUGGAGGAGGUGGCGAGGAACUACGUAGCCCUGGUGAGGGCGGCGGAGGAGUCGGCAGCCAGGCAGGUGGGCGAGGAGCCGGGCGCCCAUUGACGGGACCGGCGGCCCACCGAGAGGAUGUUGAGGGAAAUGUGACGAGGAGGCCGUUCUCGCUGAGCUGCCCAGGGCUCCGUCUGCUGACCCCAGCGGUCAUCUAGUCCAACCCCCCCCCCCCCCGGCUCUGAAAGCCAGGAGGCGGUCGGGUGACCUCACCCGUCACAAGGAUUGGCAAAGGAAGGAAAGAAGGAAGGAAGGACAGAGAAAGGGAGGGAGGACGAAGGGACGAAGGAACAAAGGAAAGAAAGAAGGAAGGAAGAAGAGAGAAAGGGAGGGAGGAAUGAAGGAAAGAAGUAAGGAAGAAAAGAGGAAGGGAGUAAGGGAAGAAGGAAGGAAGGAAGGAAAUGGGGAAGGAAGAACAGAGAAAAGGAAGGAGGGACAAAGGAAGGAAGGAAGGAAGGAGGGAAGGAAGGAAGGAAACAGGGAAGGAAGAACAGAAAAAUGGAGGGAGGGACAAAGGAAGGAAGGUAGGUAGGUAGGUAGGUAGACAGGAAGGACAAAGGGAUGGCGGGACGAAGGAAACAGGGAAGAAUGGAAAAAUGGAGGGAGGGACGAAGGAAAGGAGGAAGCCGGGAGACAAUCAGAUGACUCCACCCAUUGCAAUGAUUGGCACUGAGGUGGCCUUGCCCGGGGUUGGACUGGAUGACCAUUGGGGUUCCCCCUGGACACAGAGAACCUCCCUUAUUUUACAUGCCUGUAUAUAUCAUUCAUAAUAAAGACUAUAUAUGUAUAGAUAUAUGGAAAUUACAUUGUCUAUGUAGAAAGAUGUGAAACUUAUAUGCAAAUUUAUGCCAAUACACAAAUCUUCAUAUC